AUGUCGCAAAACAAUAAAUCGAUGCUGAAAAUCUUGCUUUUGGGGGACGAGUUCGUUGGAAAAUCUUGUCUGGUACAUCGGUAUGUGUACGGAGGAUAUUCUGAAAAGAACCUUAAUGAAUUCCCGGUUGCUCUUGUGGGUACUAAAAUUGACUUGGAAAAUGAAAGAGAAGUGUCAACGCAAGAAGCCCAGAAGUGGUGCGAUGAUCUCCUCAUUCCCUACUUUGAGUGCUCGGCACAAGAUGGAACCAACGUGAAAGCGGCAUUUCAUGCAUUGCUGUUAAGAGUCAUGAACUCGCGAACAUAGCAUUGUU